AUGUACAGGUUCAACUACCUACUUGAAGCGCUCGGAGGCGAAGCAAAGGAGGCCGCAAAGCAGUUUCAAGUUCCCGGUGCGACAUAUCCUCUCGUCGUCGCCCACCUGCAAGAAAAGUACGGCAAUGUACAAUCACUCGUGGACCGACUUCUGAGCAGACUCCAGAAGACGCGGACCAGGAGCGAUUGCUUAGAUGACCAGCUACAACUUUUCUCAAUCACCUCACAGCUGGAGCUGAAAGGAGAGCACAUCAGCAACACAUUCCUGCAGAAGAACUGCUCAGCAAGUUUUCCACACAGGUUCAACGGCACGUUCUUCGUCAGAAAAACAGAAAGAAAUCGUGGAACAUCAGAAUUCUAA